AUGCUGCGGGUGCGGAGUGCUUCCGGCGAGGAGCUUUGCUCUGUGGCUAGGGAGCAGGUCGGCGUUUGUUUGGAUCUGAAGCGGCAUCUUCGCUCUUUGCACGGCUUCCCGCUGUGCCUUCAGCAGCUGCUGCGCCAGGGUCGUUGCCUGGAGGACGGUGAUCCUGUGCACGGGGAGCCUGACGAGAUACAGCUCGUUCUUCUUGAGGUCAUCUCGGAGGCGCAGAGAGGUGAGGCUGGAAAGGAACUUGUGCUUGCUGCCAUGUCCGGGCUUCGUGAAGCCGUGCGCCUCCUUCUGCAAGCAGGGGUGGAGAAGAAUUGCUGCUGCAAAGAUGGCGCCGGCGGCAAGGCGACCGCAAUCCUUUCAGCAGUCCAGGCUGGUCACACGGAGAUUGUACGUUUGUUGGUGGAGGCUGGUGCUGACCAGGACAUGCGCGAUCACCACGGCAGGACAGCUCUGAUUCUGGCUGCCGCGUCCGGGCAAACCGAGAUUGUGCGCCUGCUCGUAGAAGCAGGUGCUGAUAAGGACUUGCGAGAUAGUUUCGCUAGAACGGCUCUCAUAGCUGCAGCUUACAAAGGCCCCACAGAGAUCCUUCGUCUUUUGGUCGAUGCCGGCGUCGACAGCGACCCACAGGAUAGCUUUGGCAGGACAGCUUUGAUGGUGGCAGCCUCCUGUGGCCAAGCUGGGUUUGUACACUUGCUUCUGGAAGCCGGUGCCAAAACUGACUCGAUAGAUAACUUUGGAAGAACCGCUUUCGCUCAUGCUCAUGACGCAGGCCAUGCUGAGACCGUGAGCUUGUUGCAGCACGUCUCCUGA